AUGGCGGAUAUUGCGGUUCUUCUUGGCACGCUCGAGCUCGAGAAUUUCGAGCAUAAGUCAUUCGUUCCUUUUAAUAAACUAGAAGCAUUGUUCACCCGCGACAAGAUACACGAACUUGUACGGCAACAUGACCUAAAGUUCUACCUCAUCGAUGAGAUAGUUGACAGAGUCCUCGAUGGAGGUCUAAGGACUUUCGCCAUACUAGCGGCUGUCCAAGAAAUUAGAAGCAUUGAGCGGUUCAUCAGAGAAGACCAAUUUUCCGAGGUUUCUCUGGAUGCAAAGCUGCCUCUGAAAGAAACAGAUAUCUCUCAGUAUUUCUCGAACCCGGAAAAGGGCAGGCUAUUCCUUCGCAGACAGUGGACCUUCCUAGCGCCAGUAUUCUCCGAGAACCGAUCACGCCGUGAGCUUAACGAUCGAAUCAUUCUUCCCUUUUUGCACAAGAAUCCUAUUGGCGAAGGUGGUUUUGCGAAGGUCUACAAAGUAACGGUUGACGCGUCGCACCACACGUUGAGCACCUCGACCAACUCCAGUGGAUUGAACGUAUUAGGAAACGCGCAACAACAAAAUGUGCCAAGCCUACCACUGGAUCUAAUCUGUAAACAACUGGAACGACCAGAUGAUGAAGGAACCCUGGCCGAAGAGUUUGAACACGAGGUCAGCAUUCUUUUAGCCCUUCGCUGUCUCCAGCAUCCGAAUAUUAUUUCGCUCGUUACCGCCUUCUCGAAAGGUACGACCUAUAGUUUCCUCUUACCGGCCGCAGACGGAGAUUUAAGAAAGCUUCUGAACACCAGUCACCGCCUACCGGGCUUUCGGACUGAGACCGAGAUCUUUGGAUCGCUGUGGGGAUUAUCUUCAGCCCUCGAUGCGGUCCACAACUACUUCUUUUCCCAGUUCAAUGUACGGCAAGUUGGAUGUCACUAUGACAUUAAGCCAGAUAACAUUCUGUUAAGCAAUGGAAAACUUAUGUUGUCGGACUUUGGCCUCUCGAGGCUACGGAGGCCGGAAGAUGGCUCACAAACGACAUUUCAAACAGGCAAUCCGUUGUAUUUGGCACCAGAGUGCGAAUCCAUCUCAGAAGGUUUCAAGCAUGAAAGAAUCGGAAGAGCGAGUGACAUUUGGUCUUUAGGCUGUGUUCUUGCCGAGAUAUUGGCAUAUCUAAGUGUCGAGCCAGCGAGUGGUCCUGAGACAGUCCGAAAUUUUGUCAGAGACAGGAGACUAAAGAUUGGGCCAUUCAUCUCCUCCAUGUUUUAUGGAGAGAAUGAGGUUAACCCAGCCGUGCAAAAGUUUUUGGAGAACUGCAAGACUGAUCAAACUCUAUCCAACGGGCUGAAGUCACUAGCAAGGAUAGUGGGCAGGAUUCUACAGUUUGAUCCGAGUCAGAGGCCCUCUGCCGCGCAUAUUACUCGACUUUUAUUUCACCUAACGCAACAGAGUCGUAUCGCCACAAUCACUUCGACCUUUGAUAAAGGUUUUCGGCCGUUGGAACUCGAGUUGGAGAUCGAGAUGGAACGUUUGAGCAUCUGGAGCGAGACGAUCGGUUUAUGUGCGGACUUGCUAGACGUACCCGAGUCUACUUGGUUUGCGAUGAAUCACACCUUUGAAGAGUAUGAAAACUUGCAGCAACUCUUGAUCAAGAUAGAAGAGGAAACCGGCAUGAUUGCAACAGAGUUGCAGAAGACAGCUUCAGGCCGGCCGGCGUUCCAACUCUACUAUCGCUUACAAAAACUACAGGAUCAGCUAUGGGAUAGCCAAACUCUCGCUGUACGCCAUCUUAUGUUCGACCGGCUAGAAGAGAUAAUGCUGAGUAAGGACAGCCUUGCAAAGCCUCGAGAGGCUUUUGGCUCGAUCCAACAUGCCGUUGUGAGUAGCUAUUCGUCGUCGACUGAACAGUUUCGCCAGCGAUUCGUAUAUCUGGCAACUAUGAGAAAUGUCGCUUCUGCUAUGUUGCGUCAAGAUCGCCAGACGCAAGGCCUUAAGCUAGACAGAAAAGUCAUCAAAGGCCCAUGGUUCGAUCUCGGUCCCCACGCAGUUGGCAUCCUCGAGCCCAAUUGCGUGCAUGUCCUUAUCGAAUAUCUGACUUAUGGAGAGACGUGGAGUUCCCACGAAGACAAGCUGCUCGAACGCGUCAACGCAAUAGCAUCCCUACGCAAGAAGAGCGUCUCCGAGUCCAUUUUUCCCAUUCUUCGAUGUCAUGGCUACUACUGUGACCCUACACGAUUUCGGCUCGGCAUCGUAUAUCAGCUGCCUACCGAAGCCCGAAAUACAGUGCCGAUCAACCUGUUGACGGUGUUCGAGAAGACGAAGUCAAGAUCUUUACAACCUUCGCUUACGCAUCGCUACAGAUUAGCAUCAGCACUGGUCUCGUGCGUCUUGAACUUUCACCGUGGUGGCUGGUUGCAUAGAAGUAUAUCCGCAUUCAACAUCAUCUGCUUUCCGGACGCCUUUCCAAAUGUCGCAGCCUCUCUCGCAAAACCGUAUUUCAUCGGAUUCAACCAUAGUCGUGUGAACGAUGAUAACGAAUAUUCUUCGCGGACCGACAUGGAGUAUCAGCACCCCGUAUACCAAAGCAACACCCGGGCCUACGCAGAUGACACAAUGAGAGGCAUUGUGCGUUUCCGUCAGGAGUUCGAUUACUACAGUAUUGGCCUGGUGCUUAUGGAAAUUGCUUUCUGGAGGCCGUUGAGUUCGAUCACGCAAAGGAUAGUAGGAUCGCCAGAGCAGAUGUUAGCGGAGUUGCAAGAAAAGUUCAUACCACUGGUGAGAACAUAUAUGGGAGAUAUAUAUGGUGAUGCAGUACAAUAUUGUCUCACAGCCUAUGAGGAAGGACACCAACCGCUCGAGAGUGUUAGGAAUGGUUUCAACGAGAAUGUCGUUCUGCUUAUUUCGAAAUGUUUUGUCUAG